AUGCCUCGUGGGCAGAAGAGUAAGCACCGUGCUCGUGAGAAACGUCGCCAGGCCCGAGCUGAGACCCAGGGUCUUCAUGAUCAGGCUACCACAUCUGGGGAGGAAGAGACCACCUCCUCCUCCCCUCCUGAUUCAGAGAGCGGUCCCUCAAGCUCGUCUGCUGCUGGCACCUCCAAGGAGCCUCAGGGAGCCCAAGGCACCACCAGCGCUGCUGCAGGUGCUGUACGCAAAAGAUCUGGUGUCGGGCGCGCAGCACGCUCGAGAUCUGGUGUUGGUGCCGAGGGCCAAGUUCAGGAAGGGGAAAAUUCCUCCCAGGCCUCAGCUGCUGCUGGGAGCUCUCACACAGAUCUUCUGACGAGGAAAGCAGGGGUGUUGGUGCAGUACAUGCUAUAUAAGUAUCAGGUGAGGGAGUGCAUUAAGAGGUCUGAAAUGCUGAAGGCAAUCACUAGAAGGUACAGGGAGCAAUUCCCUGAGAUCCUUAGCAGGGCCUCUGAGCGCAUGGAGAUGGUGUUUGGCCUGGUGCUGAAGGAAGUCAGGCCCAACAGUCACUGCUAUACCCUGGUGAGCAACCUAGAUCUCAGUGACAGUGAGUCUAUGAGAGGUAACUGGGGGCUGCCGAAGAAUGGUCUUCUGAUGCCUCUGCUGGGUGUCAUCUAUCUGAAUGGCCACCGCGCCUCUGAGGAGGAGAUCUGGAAGUUCCUGAAUAUUCUGGGCAUUUAUGAUGGAAGAAGUCACUUCAUCUUUGGAGAGCCCAGGAAGCUCAUCACAGAAGAUCUGGUGCGGGAAGGGUACCUGGAGUACAACCUGGUGCCCGGCAGCGAUCCCCCUCGCUAUGAGUUCCUGUGGGGUCCUAAAGCGCUCACAGAAACCAGCAAGACGAAAGUCCUGCAGUUUUUGACCAAGGUCAACGAUUUAGUCCCCAAUGCCUUACUGCCGUAUUAUGAGGAGGCUUGGAGAGAAGAGGUAGAGAGCACCGGAGCCAGAGCUGCAGCCGGGACCGGCCCUUCUGCCUUGGCCAGCGCUGGCCCUUCUGCCUUGGCCAGAUCUGGCACUUCUGCUCUGGCUAGGGCUGGCACUUCAGCUUCAGCCAGGGCUGACAUGUCUGCCUCGGCCAGGGCUGGCCCUUCUGUCUCAGCCAGGGCUGGCCCUUUGGCCUCGGCCAGACCUGCCACUUCUGCCGAAACCAGGGCUGCCAGGGCUGGCACUUCUGCCUCAGCCAAUGCCCACUCCAGGGCCACAUCCAGCUGCUCAACUCGCCCCUAG